AUGGAAAGAUCCCUUAUCUGGAAAACCCCAGGUCCUGUGCAUUCUGGAUGACAGGUCCCAUACCUGAAUUUUAUUAGAGAGCUACACAAGAUUUACCCUGUACAUUUAGAUUGGAUGGUGGGAUAUUCAAAUAUAGUAGUUUUGCUUUCAUCUAAGAAUAUGUUUUUAAGGGGGGGGGGGGGAAUCCCACAAGUUUGAUAUCUACAGUGUAUAAGGAGGGGCUGAUAUUUAAAACCCAAAGGCUUUGAAGCCCCUGUACUAAAUCUUUUGAUAUGUUUAUAAAGCAGAUUUUGUCAUUGUUAGCAGCAGGAAAAGGGUUAACAAUAGCCUUUAAAGGAAGCCGGUUGAGGAACACUUCGACUAAACACAAAUUAGCACAGCCCUGGGAAUCUCUCAAGCACUAAUCUGUUGCCAAGGACAUAUGGUAUGAACAGUAGGCUGCUCUCACAGUCAUUCUAUGACCACUAUACACAUAUAUAUAUAUAAUUCUGUCUGUCGACUGUCCCACAACAGCUUUUUCCCCUCUGUUGCCCGGCUCUGGAUUAUUCAGAUAGGUAUCUUCUAUGAAACACUGGUGGCGACAGGGAGUUGCACAUGCCCCUGUGCGAUGUCGAACAGAUGUGCUCCGCUCUGCCUGGGAGAGAACCUGCCUGGAACAGGAGAUGCUGCACAGCAAUGAAGUUUCAAUUUGAAGAUUGCAAAAGACUGAAAAUAUGAAUACUAAGGAUUUGCUGCUAGCAGUCUUGAAAAUGGAAAUGCAGUCAAACAAGAAACUACACUUUAUGGCCUCUAAAGAUUCUGUUCCUUAGACUGAACAACUGAAGACAUCAUGUACCAAUGGAGUUGCAGCUACAGUAACAUGCACUUAGUCCAAUAGGAGAUCAAAAAGCACCUUAAUAUUUUUUCCUUCUCACUAUGGAUAGUUACAACAAAGGGCUGGAAUCCAUUAUGUGCAACGUAACAUUCCUGCAAAUGAAAGCAUACAACAGUUGCAACGAAAGUUUGGCUGAAGAUGGGAUCUCAGAGGUCAACAGACACUACCUUAUAGGACUUGUCUUAUCCUGCCUUUAUACUAUUUUACUGUUUCCUAUUGGCUUCAUAGGCAACAUAAUGAUCUUAGUAGUGAAUAUCAGUUUCCGGGAGAAGAUGACCAUUCCCGACCUGUACUUUAUCAAUUUGGCUGCUGCCGAUCUCAUCUUGGUCGCAGACUCCCUCAUUGAAGUAUUUAAUCUCAACGAGAAGUACUAUGACAUAACAAUACUCUGCACCUUCAUGUCUCUUUUCCUACAGAUUAAUAUGUACAGCAGCAUAUUCUUCCUCACCUGGAUGAGUUUUGACAGGUACAUUGCACUGACGAAAGUGAUGAAAUCCAACCUCUUCCGGACAAAGAUGCAUGCUCGACUGAGCUGCGGCCUGAUUUGGAUGGCGUCUAUAUCGGCCACACUGCUGCCAUUCACUGCUGUACAAGUGCAGCACACAGAGGACGUGCAUUUCUGUUUUGCCGAUGUGAAAGAAAUCCAAUGGCUAGAAAUUACUUUGGGGUUUAUCAUUCCCUUUGCUAUUAUUGGCCUGUGCUAUUCGUUAAUUUUCCGAGUGCUGAUAAGGGCGCACAAGCAUAGAUGCAUGCGGCCUCGACGGCAAAAGGCUCUCAGGAUGAUUGUAAUAGUCGUCCUUGUAUUUUUCAUUUGCUGGCUGCCAGAAAAUGUUUUCAUUAGCAUCAGCUUACUUCAGAGCGAGAAUGAGGAGCAGACACAUAAUCACUCCUUCAGGCACAACCACCCACUCACAGGUCACAUUGUAAACCUUGCAGCGUUCUCCAACAGUUGCUUGAACCCUCUCAUUUACAGCUUCUUAGGGGAGACUUUCAGAGACAAGCUUCGGCUUUACAUCAAAGGCAAAAAGAGCAUGGCGGCCUUCAACAGGUUCUGCCAGACCUCUGUGAAAUCAGUCAUUCCGGAAAGUUCUGAUCACUCGGAGGCUAAAUACAUCACUGGCGUAUAAAUGAAUGAGACUUGUAGCAGGCUGGACUGUUUCUGAAUUAUCCGAAGGCACUUUUCUAUUUUUACCAACUAUGAUUGUGAAUGAUUUUUUUGCAUGAUUGGAUACUUUCAACAUGCUAAAUGAAGCACUGUGUGCUCAAAAUUGUGUCAAAUGAACAAUAAAAUCAGAAAACAUGUAGCUGUACUG